AUCAACAUGGCCGAAGCUGCGCCAUGCGUUAUUUCUGGUGAAUGCAAAGAACAAGAUGUGUUGAGUUCUGACGAGAUCUCAAGUGACAGGAUGUCAGGGAAGAAAAAUGCAGACAGUCAAAAGCCAAUAUGUGUAAUUGUCCUUGGUAUGGCUGGCUCCGGAAAGAGCACGUUUGUCCAGAGAUUAACUGCACAUCUUCAUGCCAAGCAGACACCGCCUUACACAAUCAACCUUGAUCCUGCCAUAAGAGAAGUGAGCUUCCCAGCCAACAUAGAUAUCCGUGACACUGUGAACUACAAGGAGGUGAUGAAACAAUACUCACUUGGUCCAAAUGGCGGCAUUGUGACAUCACUGAAUCUGUUUGCAACAAGAUUUGAUCAGGUCAUGGGCUUUAUUGAGAAGAGGUCUGCAGAAUGUCGGCAUGUGAUCAUCGACACUCCUGGGCAGAUAGAAGUGUUCACCUGGUCAGCUUCUGGCAGUAUCAUCACAGAGGCCCUGGCAUCGACGUUCCCAACGGUUGUGGUGUAUGUGAUGGACACGUCUCGCAGCGUGUCGCCCGUCACCUUCAUGUCCAACAUGCUGUAUGCCUGCAGCAUCCUCUACAAGACCAAGCUCCCCUUCAUCAUCGCUAUGAACAAGAUUGACAUUGUCAGUAACAGUUUUGCUGUGGAGUGGAUGCAGGACUUCGAAUCCUUCCAUGAUGCCUUGGAACACGAGACGUCCUACAUCUCCAACCUCACCCGGUCCAUGAGCCUUGUACUGGGGUUCUACACCAAUCUCAAGACUGUUGGUGUGUCUGCUGUCACAGGGGAGGGGUUGGACCAGUUCCUGGACAAAGUUGCAGAGGGCGCUGUUGAGUUUGACAAAGAGUACCGUCCUCAGUAUGAAAAGAUGAAGAAAGAGAAAGAGGAAAAGGAGGAGAGAGAGAAGAAGAAACAAAAGGAGAGAUUGAAGAAGGACAUGGCAGAAGAUACAGAGGAGUCUCUGCCGAAGAAGCUGAGUGGGCAAAUGGUAAUAACACCUGGAGUUGAUGAAGAGGACAGUGACGAGGAAUACAUAGGGAUGGACGAGGAACCAGAGAUAGAUGAGGAGGAGCUGAGGGAGCGUGAGUCAUUCCAGCGGUUCCUGGCCAGCUACAAGCAGCGGGAGGCGGACAAACAGAAGAAAGCCAGCCAGGAGAGCGCACCUAAUACGUGACGAAGCUCGUCAAACAUCACGUGACAUAAUGUGAUGUUAGUGUCAGGAUGAAAGCAAGAUGAACUGAGAUUCAGAUGGUGAUUGAGAUGCCUGCUUCAGCUAGCAGCCUACUUGAGUUCAUCACAUAUUGUGAGACAUUAGUGGGUCAAACGUGUAUGGUGCAAAAAUUCAGUGUGCAGAGUUGCAGUCUACAGGGGUGACAGAAACAUCCAUGUUACCCUGUUUUAUGAUUCUUUGAACAGACCUAACCAUCCUUGAGGUUUUGUCCAGAGUGGUAAAAACCUGCAUCACUUUGGUCUGUCCUCUAAUAUUAAGCUGAGAUGCUCUUGUAAGUCUGAACUCUCUUAUCAUGGAGGGUUCACACAUAUGUGAACAGGCAUUGGAUUUGAAAGAGUAUUUCAAGAGUAGAAUUUUUGUAGUAUGUAUCAUGUGAAGAUAUGUAUAUUAUCAGUCAAAGGGAUUUGUUAUGUCUCAAGUCAGAAUAAUGAUUUUGAUUUAUAUCAGAGAAA